UAUUAGGAUAGACCUUAAAAUGGAAGCAAAAGUUUCGUAAUCACAGAAGUAGCGAAAUCACGUAGAGGACUUCUGCCAAUUUCCACAGCAGAAGCCUUGAUUUCCUUCAGAAUUUUUGUUGUUUAUUCGUCAAAUUGUGUGUCAUGUCGCUGUGGCAGUUUUAUCGCUCAGGACGACGUCAUUUCAGCAUUUGCAAUAGCUUGAACAAGUUACACAAUAACAGAACUGCGAUCAAUUGCUUACUAAGACAGUACUCUGUAUUGAAACAACAUAAUUCGAGAUUUUCAUUCAAGAAGUUUCAGACAAAUCAAAAAAGAACUUUUCAUCAAUUGAGCAAAGAUUUCAGAUUUCUCUCUUCUUUGUUGACAAAAUGUGGUUUUCACAGAGAAGCAAACUUAGCAAAAGAAGUAGCAGGCCAAGUGCGAUGUUUCAGUACAACAGGAGCUCGUUUAGACAAGACUGAUCCAGAUAAAAAUAAACAAGAGAAUGAUUCAGAUAAAGAAAAACAUAAUGAUGAAGAUGAUGAUAAAGAAAAGGAAGAUGACAGGAAGGAGGCAAUGGAACAUAUGUGGAGAAUGUUAAUUCGAGUUUCUGCCAUUUCUUUAAUUUUAUUUAUAAUGAUGAGUAUGACUAUGCCACCAGAUCCUGCAGAGACUGCCAGUCCUUACAGCAAGAUAUAUAUCACUUGGCAAGAAUUCUAUCAUGAUCUUUUAUUAAAAGGAGAGGUAGACAGAAUCCAGGUGUUACCUAAUGGUAAAUAUGUUCAUGUUUAUCCUCAUCAUGGUGCUAUGUUUAAAGGAGAACCGGCUUUUCAAAGAUAUGUGUUGACUUUACCAGAUUCAAAUUAUAAGUUUGAAGAGAAGAUCAGGGAAGCAGAGAAGAAGUUGGGUAUUGCUCCAGAAAAUGGAGUUUCCAUUCAUUAUGAAAAAAUUAAUGCUCUUGAACAGAAUAUGAUGAACCUAUUAAUUUUAGCAGUUGUUGCAAUCCUUGCCUUCAGUAUAUUAGCUGGAACUUCUAAAACAGCUUCCUCAAAUUCCUCUAAAUCUAUGUUUGAUAGUGUACGAAAAGCAAAAUUUACAAGAGUAGACCCAAAAGAUGCUGCAGACAGAAAAAUUACCUUUAAAGAUGUGGCUGGACUGCAUGAAGCAAAAGUAGAAGUUAUGGAGUUUAUAGACUAUUUAAAAGAUCCCAAAAAAUACAAGGCACUGGGAGCUAAACUUCCAAAGGGAGCAUUAUUGCUUGGACCACCAGGGUGUGGGAAGACAUUGUUAGCCAAGGCUUUGGCUUCUGAAGCAGGAGUACCUUUUUUAGCAAUGGCUGGGUCAGAAUUUGUGGAAAUGAUUGGAGGGCUUGGUGCAUCAAGAGUGCGCGAUUUGUUUCAAGAAGCCAAGAAAUCAGCGCCAUGUUGUAUAUACAUAGAUGAAAUAGAUGCUAUAGGACGUAAAAGAGGAGGAUCAUCUGAAGGAGGUGACUCUGAGGAAGAACAUACACUAAAUCAGCUGUUAGUGGAAAUGGAUGGCAUGGGAACUGUUGAGGGAAUAAUUAUGUUGGCAUCCACAAAUCGAUCUGAUGUAUUAGACAAGGCUUUACUACGACCAGGCAGAUUUGAUAGACAGAUUUUAAUAGAUUUUCCUACACUAAUUGAAAGGAAGGAAAUGUUUGAUAUAUAUUUGAAUAAUCUUAAACUGUCAGAGUCCUCAGAAGAAUCUAUGGCAUACAAACUUGCUCAAUUGACCCCUCGAAUGACUGGAGCUGACAUUGCUAACAUCUGUAAUGAAGCAGCUUUACAUGCAGCCAGAGAAAAGAAGAAAUCAAUUGAAGUAUCAGAUUUUGAUUAUGCUGUAGAAAGGGUUAUAUCAGGUGUAGCAAAAAAAUCAUCAGUAUUGAGCCCAGCGGAGAAGAAAAUUACAGCAUACCAUGAGUCUGGUCAUGCUUUAGUAGGUUGGAUGUUGGAACAUACAGAUGCUGUACUAAAGAUUUCGAUUAUUCCAAGGACAAGUAAUGUACUUGGCUUUGCUAGAUAUUCACCACAGGACAGAAAACUCAUAUCUAAAGAAAUGUUGUUUGAACAGAUAUGUGUGGGUUUAGGAGGAAGGGUGGCGGAAUCUUUGAUAUUUAACAAAGUAACUACAGGCGCAGAGGAUGACUUAAAGAAGAUAUCUAAGAUAGCUUACCUACAGAUUAAAUCUUUUGGUAUGAAUGAAAGAGUAGGUCUCUUAUCUUUCCCAGAUGAGGAUGGAGGAUUUGGAACCAAACCAUACAGUAAAAAAUUAGCUGCCAUUAUUGAUGAGGAAGCACGAGGUCUGAUUGCCAGAGCAUAUAAAUGUACAGAACAGAUACUGAUAGAAAAUAAAGACAAAUUACAUUUGAUGGCUGAAGAACUAUUUAAGAAUGAAGCUAUAACAUAUGAUAAUAUUAAAGACCUUAUAGGACCUCCUCCAUAUGGAGAGAAGAAUAAAAUAGAACUUGUUAAUACAUUAUAAUUAGCUGUUUCUGCUGACAUUUACAAUAAUAAACCAAUGAAAGAUUCUUCGGAAAUAUAAAACUUUAUGUCAUAGAUGAAUCAUAAACACAAAGAUUAGGAGUUAACUAGUUGUCAUGGUAAUACAAUCUUCUUCUGGUGUAAAGAUGAAUUUGGAAUACGGAUUAGUGUGACUUAGUUGUCAUGUAACUUGCUUAAACAUCAUUCAUUCAAUUGAGUGAAGACGUUUUGUUGCCUAUUGAAAUAAAUAUAUCACAAUGUGAAUAA